AUGCUGCAAGGCGGGCAGGGAACGAGAUACGACGUUUGGGCGACAGGGCUUUCGGACUCCGAUAUGGCGAGAGGGGAAGCCAAGAACGACGGUGAGAAAACGGUGCGGCGACACUGGUACGAAGUACGAAGCAGCUGGUUCUUCGAGUCAAGAUGCGUCAGGAACAGCACAGGGAUCAAAUGGCAAGCGCGUGCAGGAACAGGGGUCGUGCCCACCUCACCCUGGUCACGAACGCCACAGGCACCCGAGAAGCCACAACUCCUGCCGCUUUUGCUGCCCGCGAAGCUCUGCCAAAACUCUGCUCCUCCGACCAGCACGAUGCUGCCGCGUCGCUCGACGCCCGCGCCUUCAGCAGCUCCGUGGGUCCUUGACGGCGCCAGGGCAUUCCGCAGCCAGCCGUCGGGUGGCCACUGGGCCUCUGUGCGAUCGACAAACGGCACUCAGGACGGCGUGACGCCGACGCCUGUCGGGCGCUUCGACAGCGACAGGCUCGCCCGUCCAAGCGCGCCGCCCACGGCAAACGGGCGGCCCGUCUCGCAGCUCCGGGGGUGUUGUUGGGUUGCCUCUUGGCCAUGCGGCAGGUGGGCGCUUGCAGUCAAUAUUACCGGCACGCAAAGUUGCAAUGGCACCUCAGCUGGCCCAGUGUUUCCGCGGCCGCUGGGUGAAUGCCUGGUCCAAGCAACUAUCGACAGGCUGGGGCCCAGGGCGUUGGCCGGCCCAGCACGAACGAACCGCACUCAAUUCGGGAAGCUCCUUUGCCGGGGUGCUGUCGUGACCAACGUGCAUCAGAUGCCGCUGCUGAGCGGUGGAAAUCACCUUGCGAAUCGCACUGGGUGUGCUGACGAUGCCGACGGACACAGGCCGCCCGUUCUUCCACGUUCCGGCUGUGCCGCACCGACUCCCGGCACGCUGCCGCCAGGAGCCGCCCCGAAAACGACGGCAGCUCGCAGCGGACUGCCCGAAGGCCAGCCUGGGCUGGACGGGACUGGGCUCAGGCUGUGA